GUCUGGAAUGGGUCUCACUAGGCUAAAACCAAGGUGUCAGCAGGGCUUGAUCCCUCUGGAGGCUCCUGGAGAGAUUCUUUCCUUGCCCUUUUCACCUUCUGGAGGCUGCCUGCAUCCCGUGGCUCCUGACCCCUUCCUCCCAUCUUCAAAGCCGGCAGUUACCGCUAAACCCUGUCUCAUGUCUCAUCACUCUGACACUGAGUCUCCUGCCUCCUCCUCCUCCAUAUGAGACACUGGUGAUUCCAUGGGACCCGCCAGAUGACCCAGGAAAUCUCCCCACCUCCGGGGCAGCUGAUUAGCCACUUUCGUUCCAUCUGCAUCAGUUCCUCUUUGCCACGUAAUUGAGCAGAUCCACUCGUUCCAGGGAUUAGGAUGUGGACAUCUUUGGGGCCGUUGUUCUGCCACCCACACGCACCCUAGUGCUCUUGUCCCUGGGCAGUUUCGUCCUCCCAUGCGGACAGUAAGGAUUACGGGACUGGUACAGACUUUGUCUCGUCGUGGUAAGCAUUUCUGGUUCUAGAGAGCAUUCCUAAUUCAAAGGUAGAGGAGAGUGUGCGCAAAGCAGCAGCAAACUUUGACCCGUCCAUCCUGUUUCUGCUCCUCAGCAGCCCUGUUUGUCAUCAGAUUACCAGAACAAAGAACAUCUUCAGUCGGGAGGCUGUGUUAUUGCUCCCAAUUCUUAGGAAUGUUUCUGUACUUUCUUUGAGAGUGAGGAGAAUUUUUCCUGGUUUCAGGUAACGGAAGCGUCCCUGAACAAUGGUGCUCGAUAGGAAAAAGGAGUUCACUGUUCUAGAUGGAGAUGUUGGCAUGACAUGAUUUGGGAAUUAUUUUCCCAGACCUCUGCCUUUUCCUCGAGUCACACGAUGGACAUCUCCUUGUGUGGAGGAAGCAGGCUAGGUGCUAUUUCUCUUCCACAGACUCAUGGUCACCUCACCCGAUUUCAGCCUGGAGCAGCGAGACUGAAGGAAACAGUCCCUGUGAGACUUGGUGGCACUUGGAGUAAAUGGGACUCUCAGGACGGUUUGACAUUUCCCAGUGACCUGACUGUAGAGGAGCGUCAGGAACUGGAGAACAUCCGGCGGAGAAAGCAGGAGCUACUGGCCGACAUUCAGAGGCUCAAGGAUGAGAUAGCAGAAGUAGCUAAUGAAAUUGAAAACCUCGGGUCCACAGAGGAAAGGAAAAACAUGCAGAGGAACAAACAGGUAGCCAUGGGCAGGAAAAAGUUUAACAUGGACCCUAAAAAGGGGAUACAGUUCUUAAUAGAGAAUGACCUGCUGAAGAAUACUUGUGAGGACAUUGCCCAGUUCUUGUAUAAAGGGGAAGGCCUCAACAAAACCGCCAUUGGUGACUACCUGGGGGAGAGAGACGAGUUUAAUAUCCAGGUUCUUCAUGCAUUUGUGGAGUUACAUGAGUUCACUGACCUUAACCUUGUCCAGGCGCUACGUUUAGAAGGCCCUUUAAUCCCCUGCCCUAGAAUAAGAAGUCAGUAGCUGUUCACUUCAUCUCAGAAGGAGAG